UACUAUCUACACCAAACAAUCAAGCAAAUCUCACUAAGAGCUCGAUUUUUCAACACCAAGAUGCAUCUUUCAGCAACAGUUCUACUUGCCGUUCUUCAGUUGACCGCUGCGGUCCCUUACCACCAGACCAAUGACGCCGAUAUGCAACUCGUGGUAACCCCUGAGACUGUGGUGGACAAGUCUGCGCACAAGAAUACUCUGCAGACCAUUGAAACUCAAGUUCAUGCAUCUGAGAGUAAAGACUUUGAAAUCAAAAUCCAUGUGGACGUAUCCACCCAACCUGCAGCAACGAUGGCUGAGAGAAUUCCAGGAUGGGUUUUCUUCGAGGGGAAACACUUCAUGGGACGCAUUCAUGGCAACACUUUCUGGAGAAUUAAGGGGGAGCUCGCAGAUGACUUCCCAGUCGAGGACUUCUUAAAUGACCCUCUAGUGUUCACUCUCAACCAUCCUCAGGACUUUGAGGGCGAGUUUACUGGUGAAUUUGGGAAUGGUCAAAUGAAAAUGAACUGGACUUCAGGUGCUACUAUUACUGGUAGAAGUGGGUUGAGUGAUCACACGAUCAAGGGGAAGACUACUAUCGACUAUUCUCCAUAGUUGGCUGCAUGAAGUGUAGGGGGCUAGAGAUACAUAGCCAAAUGUACUUAGCCUUACCGCAACUCUCUAAGCGAUUCAGCUUUCGAGAAACGCCCU